AUGGUUAAGAAUUUCAGUCCUUGCCUCUUGGCGAUCUUGGAGCCCAUGCUGCCUGACAGAAAGAGGGUAGCACUGGGGUUAAAAUUAGGCUACCACUGCUCUGUUUCAAAUGCUGAUCAGGGAGGAAAAGUCUGGCUUUUCUUCCAGAAUCACCUGAAUGCUGUAAAGAUCAUGGCUUCCAAUCAGAUGUUGAUAGUUUCCUUUGUACCCCCUUCCCAGUCUGCUCCCAUUUCCUUCUCGGUUGUCUACGCUAAAUGCUGUAAAAUCCAAAGAAGAGCUCUCUGGAGCGAGAUUGAGAAUCUAAGCAGAUUAACUCAGAAUGCCUGGGCCAUUGCCGGAGAUUUCAAUGUGGUGAUCAGUACUGAUGAGAGGCGUGGGAGCCGGGUGGUCGAUAGUUCAAGUUUUGUUGGAAACAGGUUCACUUGGUGCAACAACAAAGAAGGUAAUGCACGUGUUUGGGCAAGGUUAGACAGAGUGCUCAUUAAUUCCCCUUGGGUGUCUAUGUUCCAACUGUUUCGCGUCGAACACCUGCCUCAAACCAACUCUAAUCAUGCGCCCCUGCGCCUCGUCCUUCCUGCCCAGACUCCUCCUAAGGAAACUUUUGGUAAUGUUUUCCGCCAGAUCCAGAUAGCUGAAGAAGAGCUGGAGGGAAUUGAUUUCCGCUUGCAAUCCGGGCCUUCUAAAGUUCUCUCCCGCUAG